UUGGCACGUCACCGCUGCGGAGGCACUCGGGCUCCGAAGUACUACACUCUGGUGCGCUCCCUGUCCGCAGUGCCGGCUCCACAGUCUGGCGCAGGGGCGCAUGGCGCAGAGGCUGGGUGAGCGGGCAUGGGACCCCACCGAGGCCACGGGUCUCUACCGGGCCGUGCUGCUCAGGUCGGCCUCGAUGUACUCGGAGAUCCAGAGGGAGCGGGCAGACAUCGGAGGCCUGAUGGCCCGGCCCGAAUACAGAGAAUGGAACCCAGAGCUCAUCAAGCCCAAGAAGCUGCUGAACCCCGUGAAGGCCUCCCGGAGCCACCAGGAGCUGCACCGAGAGCUGCUCAUGAACCACAGAAGGGGCCUGGGCGUGGACAGCAAGCCAGAGCUGCAGCGGGUCCUGGAGCACCGCAGGCGGAACCAGCUCAUCAAGAAGAAGAAGGAAGAGCUGGAGGCCAAACGGCUGCAGUGCCCCUUUGAGCAGGAGCUGCUGAGACGGCAGCAGAGGCUGAACCAGCUGGAAAAACCACCAGAAAAGGAAGAAGACCAUGCCCCCGAGUUUAUGAAAGUCAGGGAGAACCUGCGGAGAAUCGCAACGCUCACCAGCGAAGAGAGAGCUCUGUAGUGGGGGCUGUUGACACUCCAGCCCCCCCCCAACGACCGCCUGCAGCCCUUCCGCGCCUGCCAGCCCCCAGCCUGGGGCCAUCUGCAAUGAUGUUCAUGCUUGCUCUUGUGAAAAUGCCCCAGAGAGCCUGGGCCCUCCUUCCCACCCCUAAAGAAGCGGGGGGGGGGGGGGGGGGGGGGGGGGGGCUAAGUAAGCUCCCUGGCUUUUCCUUCCGAGCACUCACCGCUUCUGCUCCAAAAGGAAGCUGUUGCCGAGAAAACUUUCCCAAGGCACCUCUCCCGGAAGCUCUGUUGAGAUUCUCCUGGCAGAACUGGGAAGGAUUGAGAGGCCCCUCUUUGGCCUGACCAGCCCUCCAUCUUGCCCAGGCCCCACGGGCCCCUGCUUCUCUGGACAGCCCAACUCCCUGCUCUCCGAAAGCUUCCCUGACUGUGGUUUCCCCUGCGGUCAGGUGGGGAGCAUUGAAGUAGAGCCUCUCAGAACACCUGCCCUGAAAGCCAGUUGAGGGGAAUAUGGUUCAAGUGCAGCUGUCCUUGGGGAGGAAAGGCAGGGCAGCUCCGAAGGCAACCUCGGGGCUCGAAGCCGCCAGGUUGCAAGGGUACUGACAAGGAAAACUUCUCAGAGUUUGCCAGCUUCCCCCACACCCAGGCGCUUGCUUUCUCCUCUCUGGGGCCUCCCUGUCUGGGCCUGGUAACCACACCUAACCAGGGCUGCGGCCUUCCUGCUCCCCAAAGUCUAGAACAGUGCUUCUCAAACUUGCUUGUGCCUAUAAGUCACUGGGCGUCGUGUUACAGGACAGCUUGUGAUUCAGGAGAUCUGGGCUGGGGACUGAGAGUCUGCGUUUCCAAACAGCUCCUGGGCUGGGGCUCUCAUCACCACCUUGUAAGCAGCCAGGGACAGUAAAUACUGGAAACUCAUGCCUGAAGCCACCUCUGCCCUGAAGGGGUUCCCCACUCUGCCCCUGCAAGCCCCAAGGGCUCUCGAAUAUCCAUCCCAUUCCAGGGUCGCCAGACCUGGGAAGACAUUUGCCCAGAAAAUUAUGUCUAUUUCAUAAUUGCCAUUCUCACUGGAGAGGUCUAUCAUUGCCAAUCUGCAUUUUCUUACCCCACUGUUCUGAUGCAAUUCUAGCAAAAAAAAAAAAGAAAA